AUAUAACUAUAGGCUGGUAAAUAAUUUUGAACAAGUUCGUAUUUUUAAGCUUCAGCUGAACUUUUUCCUUCUUGGUUUUGUGGUUUUGCAAGCCUAUUGCAUAGCUGAAACUUGUUUGCUUGGCUGUUCUUAUUUAUAGUAUGAUCAAUUAGAAAAAGGAGAAGAAGAAUAAGAAGGUAUUGACUAAUGGCGGGAUAUGAAAAAUUAGCUUAUGUAUAUAAGGGUUUAGGUGAGAAUGUAUUAAAAUUUUGCCACCUAUGGUGGUGGAGAGUAGUUUGAAAGCCAACGAUUCGACUGAACUAUGCAGUGUUGUUCACCUCUAGGGUUCGCGGUUUGCGCUUGGGGCAAUCAUUUUCCCUGAUUUAGGUGUUACUCGUUGGUGAACGUGUCUUACUGAUCUUAUAUAUAAGAGAAUAGUGCGUACAAUGUUCGGAAAUUACUAUCAAUGUAGCUCUAUGGAGUUUGAUUGAUUAUAUUUGCAUUCAUUGAUUGAGGCCUUAUCGAAUUGAGUGUGCUAGUUGGCAAUGUUCCAAAUUAUCUCCCCCCCUCAAAAAAAUAAAUAAAUUUAAAAGUUAAAAUCCGACCUUGCUUGUACAUCGAGACCUCAUGGUUCUCAAUCCACUUUAUUGGCGACUAGGCCACAUCAUUAGGUGCACCUUUAUUUAGUAUCAAUUUGAUGGGAAAUAGAUUUUUUUUUUUUUUGAGAAGGUAACAUGGAAAUAGAAAGAUUUUUAUCUCUAGGUUUAGAUUGAAAACGUAAAUGCAGGUUGGAGAAGAGAGCAGGGAGAACUGGAAACUAUAAGUCUAUACUUAGUCAUUUUUUUAACAUUCAAAAGAAAAACUUUACCAAAGGCAAAAAAAUUUUAAGUAGAAAAAGAACAUUGGAGAAUUGGAGAGCUUAGAUUAGCGUAAAGCUACCUUUUUUUUAAUGUUAAAAAAAAAGUAGCAAUGGAAGUUCUAUUAUAUCAGGUUGUCUAUAGUAUUUUGGCAUGACUUCUCUGUUUCUGUUAUUCCUUUUUCUAUACUGCUUUGGACUGUUUUUUCCUUAAGCUGAGGAUCUAUUGAAAACGGCCUUUCUGCCUCCAAUGUAGGGGCAAGGUUUGCGUACACCCUACCCUUCCCCGACCACACUUUGUAAGAUUAUACCGGGUACGUUGUUAUAGUUGAGAAGUUCUAUUAUAGAACCACCGAUGUAUCCAGCUUAAGGACGAUACAUAGAAACAAGUAAAUUCUGUCAUCUUUUUACCUUGUGGAGAAUAUACUCCAAAGGAGGAUGACAGAGAACAGCUACAAAGCAGCAACAUCUGCAUGCUAAAGCUUAAAAAAGAAAGGAAAGAGAGAAUCAAAUCUUCAUAUCAAAAUGAAGAAUACAACAUGUAAAGGCAUAAAUUUGCAGCACGUUUAUUCCAAAAGCUAAAAAUCAUGAAGUAUAUAAAACCAAGGAGGUAAAACCUUAAAAGUGAUCACCUUAUAGCUAGCUUAUCAUUUAUGCUUCAUUGUCACACCAGAGCUCCUACUAUAAGUUGUAUUUAAUCAAGCAAAUUUUGUUUAUCAUAAGAAACACCAAAUUAAACUUCGUUUUCUAAAGUGUUAGUGAAGAGUGACUUGGAACUUCUAAAGUUUUGUGAAAGUCAGUGACUUCCGAUUUUGAUAUCCUCUUAGACUUAAUAUAUUGGUGUUGUAGUAUAUUGGGUUCUUGUUUGUUGUGUGUUGACAGGGUUGGAUUUAUGGAUUGCUCCCAGUUCAGAGACCGAAUUUUUAGCGUGAAAAUGGUUCGAGAUUGCUCGGCAGGCUUUGGUUUAUUGAGAGCUGGUCAUGGUCUAAGUGGGCCGUGACACUUUUCUCCUUCACUUCUUUCGCUGCCUCUCAUCCAUUGCACUUCCCUGUGUUGUUAUUUUCUGCUGCUCUGUUUGAUGGAAAACGAGUCACUUUGUGAUGAUAACAUGGAGGAGGAGGAAGCAGAGUAUGUAUUGCUUGAUCUGGAUGACAUUUCUUCCGAAGUUCACAUUCCCCCAAAUGCACCAUAUGUUCUCUCGGGUCUUGACACAUUGAACCCCGUCUUGAUCAUUGAUGGCAAAAUCAAGCUGAUUGGAGAGUAUGAUGAGACUAUUGGGACAUGCCUCGUUUUUAACGAAAGUGAUGCUCCUCCGGUGGUCCAUGAAGAGGCGGGACCUUCUGAAGCUAACCUUUUUCCAGGAAGACACAUGCCAGACCCCAAGCAAACCAAGUCCAAGCAAGUCAAGCCUGUAACCCAGCUACAGAAGAUACUUAAGUUCAGGUUGCUGCAGUAUAGUGAAACUGAAGAUGCAAGUAAAUCAGAGAAUCCAAAAGAAGAUUAGGUAACUGACCUAGUAAUAUAGUUCACUAUGUUCGCUAAUGUAUAGGGGAGUCAAAACAGACCCAAUUUACAACUUAGCAUAGCAAUGGUGUACCAUGACUUAUAUUGGGGAGCAUUUUCUUACUAGUAAAGUAUAUAUAAACGGUGUACUUGCUUUCAGAAACUUAGAUUUUCAAUAAUGAGUUGCAAGAUACUGUGCUUGUGUUUA